UAUAUAUUUUGUUUCCUUCACCAGAUAGAAAUGUGCAAUUUGUACGUUAACUGGAUUAGAUACCGGUUAUGAUUAAAGGGAGAGUAUAUGAUGAUUAUAUUUGUCAUAAUUCAGUUUAAUUAGUUCCCUUACUAUGUAAUCAAAGCUUAUGAUGAUUUUGAAAACUUUGAUCGGAAGAUCAUACAAAAUAUGGGAAAUAAGUAUACUUUGCGUUUCAUUUUGAGGUAAUUCAGACCAGUAUUUUGUAACAGGGACACAAUCUGUCAUUCUUUAUUAUUUGUCAUAUAGAGAGUUGUUCUAUAUAGAGAGUAAAAAACUGUUAUUCAACAAAACAUUUUAUAAGCUAUAGAAAGUUACGUUUAAUAUAUAGCUAAAUAGGUUUGUCAUUAAUUGUCAAUUUCCCUCCAAUUCUUAAAAUAUUAAACAUCAAACAAAUAAGUUAACAAUUUUCAAAGAACAAAAUAUUUUAAGAAUUUUAAUUAGAAAAACUUUAAAGUAUUUGAUUUGACAGAAUUAUAUGUAUGAUAACAGCAGAAAGGUUACAAAAAUAAUAAUAAAGUAAACAAAAAUGAUGAAAUGUCCACGUUCUAUUGUCUAUUCUCGUGCAUGCGCAUUGAACACUUCCUGUUUAACGUUGUUAUUUUUACAGGUACCCGCUGUAGAAUGUUGAUAUCAGCAUGUCUUGGUUGAGGAAAUUUUAAAUCAUUGAAGAUAAUAUAUGAAUAACAAGACAACUGCCAUAAAAUGCAUAGGAUAAGAAUUCCAAUGAAAGAUGUACUCUAGUAUAAGUAUUUUAUCUUUAAUGUAAUAUUUGAUAUUUAAUAAUUACUUUUCAUAUUGAAUUUUAAACAUAUUUUAUUAACUAAUGCUCUUAACGUUUGUUAAUUUCAAUAAGAAGACUUAUCCCAAUUUAAACAUUAUAUAAUGAGUGUUGACAGUUUCACAUAUUUAUGAGCCGUGUCAUGACAAAACCAACAUAAUGCGUUUGCGACCAGCAUGGAUCCAGACCAGCAUGCGCAUCCGCGCAGUCUGAUAAGGAUCCAUGCUUUUCGCUUCCAAACCGUAUAAUAAGUAGAUAAACUGAUAGCGAACAGCAUGGAUCCUGAUCAGACUGCGCGGAUGCGCAGGCUGGUCUGGAUCCAUGCUUGUCGCAAAGCCAUUAUAUACACACAUGUUAUUCAUGGAUAAAGUAAAUAAUCAAUUUGAAGCUCAUGAUUAAGUGCUAUCUAUUACUUAAAGAUGCAUUUUAAUUAACCGAUCUAUUAAUAAACAUAUUUCGAAUAACGAUCAUUUCUACCAAUUAGUAUAGGUUAUAGGUUAUAUACAGAGUUAUAUACAAUCAGGAAUGGGAUGUGUCAUGGAACUUGCAGGCCAGGUAAGAGAGAUUCUGAUAACAGUGAAAGACUUUAAACAUACUCAGGAAGAAUUGAAGGUCUCCUUAGAAAAAAAGAUUGACAGUGCCAAAAAUGAGAUGACACAUCAUAUCGAUACACAAAUAAAUAUAUUGCGUGAUCAGUUGACCUUUGACCUCUCAAAAGAGAGUUUACGCAUUGAUGGUCUCUUGACAAGUGUUCAGAACUUACAAGACAGGUUAGAAUCACUAGAGCAUUCAAGGGUUACGGAUCAAUCUAUUAACGGUACACAAAGAGGUCAGACGUCUGUGCAAAUAAAUAAUCCGCUAAAUGACCCAGAUUUGACAGUUAUCGCUAGCGGACUUCCAUUUAAUGAAGGCGAAGAUAUCCUCGCUAGAGCAAAAGAUCUCAUCAAAGCCUUGGGGGAAGAAACUAACGAUAGUGUAUCUGUACAGGCUGCUAGAAGACUCCCUUCACGGUUCCCCGACAAACCAGGAUGGGUGAAAAUAAGUUUUAGAACACUGCAAGAGAAAAUUACUGUGCUCAGGAAAAAAAUGUCAUUGCAAAACCAUGCUUCUUAUAAUAAUGUUUUCCUUAAGAACAGUAAAAGCCCGUAUCAACGUAUCAACGAAGAUAACGCCAGAAUGCUCCUACGUAAUAUACCGAAGGGCAACAACUUCCGUAUUGACGCAAACGGUCGUAUCAAAGAACGUACCGCGAAACCUUCUGCUCCGAGUUGAUGCUAGUUCCGGAAUGCAAUAGAAUGAAUCCUGGCCCCAAGGCAUGUUGAAAAUAGCUCACCUAAAUGUAAGCGGUUGGACUGAAAAUAAUAAUGAUUUAAGAUGCGCUAUUAUUAAAUCCAUUGAUGCUGACAUUUUUUCAAUAUGUGAGACUCACUUAACUAGGGAAAAAGUCAUAAAUGUAGAUGGAUACGUCUGGUUCGGUAAUAAUCGUAAAAAUAUUCAUGUCAAUGCAGUUCGAGGUUCGGGAGGUGUUGGAAUUCUAGUAAAAGCGCGUUUAUUUAAGGUGUUUGAAAUUUCAAUAAUCGAAAGCUCAUUUGAAGGAAUCAUUGCUCUGCAAUUUAAAUGUAAGCAUACAAAUUACUGUUCAAUGGUAAUAUCUGCAUAUCUACCACCGGAAAACUCAGUUUGGGGAAGAGAUGCGCAGACCUUUUUUGCACACAUUCUUUCCAUAAUAUACUUAAAUAGUGAAUAUGAUACAAUUUUUCUUGCUGUUGAUUUUAACGCCAGAAUAGGGACAUUAUCAGAUAUAUUACAAAGUGUUGACUCUUUGCCUGAAAGAAAACCUAUUGAUAAUUGUAUCAAUCAGCAUGGACGAGAAUUUAUAGAUUUCUUGAUAGAUUCAAAGUUUUGCACCUUGAAUUCUCGCUUCGAAAAUGACGCAUUCACUAGUAUAUCGCCAAAGGGAAAAUCAGUAGUGGAUUAUAUAUGUGUGCCGCAUGACGUUUUUCAAAAGUGCAUUAUGUUCAAAAUAUUAUCAAUGCAAUGUAUUAUUGAUGAAUACGAAUUACACGAAUAUAUUGGUGAUAGAUCAUAUCUACCAGAUCACUCGGCGUUAUUGACACACAUCUCAUUGAAUUGUGAUUAUUGUAUCCCUCAAAACGGACAAUUAGAUAAUAAUACAAAUACACCGUCACAGUUAAGGUAUAAACUUAAUCUCAUUCCCGAUAAUUUCAUGGAUAGAGAUAUAGCAAAACGGGCUCUAUUAGAAAUUAUAGAAAGCAUAGAAUCAUCACGGGAAAGUCAAGAGGAAAUAGACUCACUGUAUAACAAGUUGUGUGAAACAAUUACCAAUGAAAUGAAUCACAGCAUCCCACGUUAUAAUGCAUCACGCCGGACAAGUAAACGUAACAAAAAUGCUAAGCCGUACUGGAACGAAGCUUUGACAGAGAAAUGGAACCAAAUGCACCUAGCCGACUCUUCGAUACCAAUGGAAAUAGUUAAUGAGCAUGGGCGCAUUGAUAAAGAUGAAAAUGCAGUUUUUGACAAAUGGAAACGGGAUUUCGAAAACUUGUAUAAUAGCACCGGAAGUGACGAGUUUGACUCCGAAUUCUACAAUAGAGCGAAGUUACACAAACAUAUAUUAAUUGAAAUGUCAAUUUCUGACCCUCUUUACGCCCCAAAAGAACUGCUGAAUAAUAAUAUCUCCAUCGAAGAAAUCGUUAACGUUGUAAUGAGUGCCAAAUCGAAGUCGGCCUGCGGCAUCGAUAAUUUACUUUAUGCAGUUUUAAAAUUUCCCCCGGUUAUAGCAGUAUUGCAUAAACUUUUUCAACUUAUUUUCGACACGAGUGUUAUUCCUAGCGACUGGAGAAAGGCAAUUAUAUGUCCGAUUCUAAAAGACAAGAGUUCUGACAAACGAUUACCGUUGAACUAUAGAGGUGUAUCUUUACUUUCAUGUGUAGGUAAAUUAUAUAGCUCUUUGAUAAACAAAAGAAUAACAUUCUAUUUAGAAAACGAAAACUUAUUGGCCGAUGAGCAGAAUGGAUUCAGGCGAGGAAGAUCGUGUGAGGAUCAUAUAUUUAUAUAUAUACUCUUUAUUUCCACAUCUGAGUGAUUUACAUAAUAAUACAAUGUUAUAAAGUGAAAGCUAACAAUUAAACAUAUAUACAAUUUUGCAUAACUAUGAAACAUUGGUGUUAGUAACAUGCAUAACAUAUUGGUUAAGUACAGAUCAAAUUUUAUACUUAAACUAGAAAUAAUCAUCAAAUUGAUAUAGAUUAUAUGAGUACAUAAAUAUUUACAUUUUCAUUAUAUAUAUUUUUCUUGUGGUAUACUUAAGAUGCUUAUACCGCUAUCACUGAUGCCAGUAUCGUAUUUUCUUUCUAAAAGACAUAAUUAUGACAACGCAUAUUUAACAUGGUACUUUUAAAGCAAA